AUGUACGGUCAACGGAGAGUACGGUCGGAAAGGUAUUCAAGCGAUAUAUCAAGUGGCAAGGAUGAAGAAAUAAAAGUUAGUAGAAGUAAAGGAAUUGACUGUCCCCCCAGGAGGAGGGAAAGUAGUACAAAUGAGGAUUCUCUAUACUUUCAGCCCACAAAGAUUUACAAACUGGAAAAGGAGCUGGCUUCUAGAAGUACCCUUGUAAAAUCGGAUAAAGACUCUACAGAUGAAGAAAGAGAUUCGGAUGAAAUAGUUUCAAACAGAUUUAAUGAAGCAGAUUCAGUACGGCAUUUUGGUAGAUAUACCGAUGAAAAUUAUCAAUAUCGACAUAUUAAUGGUCUUGUACCUGAUUAUUAUGAGGGCAUGAGAAAAAAUAAACUGGGCCUAGUUUCGGAUCUCACUAAUGAAUCAAGAAAUAAUUAUAUUUUCGAACAAAAUGCUAACUUUGAAAUGGAAUUCCCGAUUGAUGAAUCUGCUCUUGGUGGUAAUGAAACGAGAGGCAUGCACGAUGAAUAUAUACCCAACUUGAAUUAUGGUCAGUUGAUAGAAAAUUGGGUGGAUGAAGAAAAGCAAGUACAAACAAUGGAAGAUUUACAAAGAGAAGAUAGUAUGUUACAAGGCCAGUUGAUGAAGGAAGCAUCUAUGAUUCUUUCAAAUAAAGUUAGAUCUCCAACGCAAGAAAGAAGUCAAACACCCAGAUUAGCGACAUGGGUAAACGAUUAUGAUAGUGAGCCACGUAUAAUGACAAAUAGAAGUUCAUCAGUUAUUCCUGAGGCAUUAUCUGACGAUGAUAUUAGAGAAGAUAGUUUAAGUCCUAAUACAUCCGCAAUUUUUAGUAAUUCGCAUGCUCAGGUUGAGCCUAUACCACUCCCAAGUAAAAACUCAUCAAGAAUGCCUACAUCAACAUUGGAGGAUAGGCGAUCGUACAUGAACUUUCUUGGAAAACCAGCGUCGACUUUUGGUGCUAUUGAUAGCAUGGGUAUGUCAGCCCUUAAGAAUGUGAAUAGUUUUCUUCCUAUUCAUAAAUCAUCACUACCAUCAACAAUACCUGUAAGAAAGGGAUCAUCUGGUCAAUCUACCGCAAAUUCCGAUUCAUCAUCACUAAAUUUACAGCAUAACUUGAGUUCAUCUGUUGGUGAUUUAAAAUUAGACUCUGACCAGAUGAUGGACUUAAUUAGGAAACUACCAAAGGACUUUCUAACAUUACCAUACUCACAGAGGAAGAAGCAGAUAAUAAAACUUGCCCCCGAUAAGGAUUCAAGACUUAUCAUGUCCUUGUUAAAAAAGGUAAUGAUCACAAAUUCUAAGAGUGCGUCCUCGAUUCAAAAGCCAAGUAUGCGGUCCAGACAUGGGUCAUUGGCAUCACAGUUCUUGAGUUCAUUUUCUCCUUCUGUGGCAUCAAUGGCUAGUAGUGGAGGGUUUCGACCUGAUGACAAAGGGUUGUUUAUUAUGGGACACAAAUUAGGAAAAGUUAUUGGCUUCGGUGCAUGGGGUAUGAUAAGAGAAUGCGUUGACAUACAAUCUGGAGCACAAAGAGCAAUGAAAAUUGUAAGAUUCAAAGAUAACCAAAAGGUGAAGAGAAAUGUCAUCAGGGAGGUUAAUGUUUGGAAAGAAAUGCAUCAUAUGUAUAUAUUGCCUUUAUUGGAUUGGAAAUUGAUCAGUGAUUAUGCCAUGUAUUGUUUAACAGAAAGAGUAAAAGAUGGUACAUUAUAUGAUUUAGUGCUUUCAUGGGAGGAUAGAAAGAAUAAUCAGAUCCCGGUAGAUGAAAGGAUUAAGUUGACUAUGUUCCUGAUGUUGCAGCUAAUAUCAGCUCUAAAAUAUAUGCAUUCAAACUCCACGGUUCAUGGUGAUAUCAAGCUUGAAAAUUGUUUACUGAAGAAAGGUAGACAACAUAAAAAUUGGACAAUUUUCUUAUGUGAUUUUGGUAUGAGCUGCAGAUUUGGUUCUUACCGUAGUCGGUAUGAUACCUUAAUAGAUGAGGAGAAGAACAACUCAGGAAUUAUCAGAGAGGAAUCAUAUAUGCCGCUUUCAUUUGAGGCUUCGCCAAAGCCUAUCUAUAGGGAGGUUUCUCAAUUAAAUUCUCAACAUUCGCAAUUGAGUUCGCAAUUAACUCCUCAAUUACAACUUCAGUCAAAUUCUGCAUCGUUUUCACAGCCGCAACAAUUUCUGGCUGUACAGCAACUGCCACAGCCAGAGCCAUCAUUGCCACAUGUGCAUUCGGAUUCUAACAGCACUUCUCAACCUCCAUCUAAAUUCAUGAAGAUUGUGACUGACAGAAAUGUUAUUCAUGAUGACACUCCAUUUGAAAUCCUCACAGCUAGGCAGGCGUCAAGGAGAUCUUUUGAAUCUCACAAUAGUAAAAAGUCCCAGAAAAUGAGCACAGUAUCAGUUGAAUCGCUUCCAUCUUCACCCUCAGCAACUCCUCUUGAUAAUGUGAAUGCAUUCGAUCCUUGUUCUUUGGAUGCUCAAAGGCAUUUCUCUCUGUCGGUUGAGAAUUCUAACACAAAGACACCAUCAUCUCUAAUUGGGUCUCUACCAUAUGCUGCACCUGAAUUAUUGGUACCUGAGCCUUCUCCGUUGGGGCCUGGUGCAGAUAUUUGGGCAUUGGGUGUUACUAUGUACACAAUGCUUAUGGGUAAGCUACCCUUCAAGCAUGACUUAGAAUCCAAACUUAAACAAUUGAUAGCAUCAGGAAAGUUUGACAAGAAAUCUCUAAAAUGUAUGUGUAAUGGUGGGCACAGUAAUCUCUCGGAUGAGGCUCUUAAAUAUCAAGGAUUGUAUGACGCUAUUCUUGGGUGCUUGACGAUCAACCUCCUUGAUCGUUGGGGACUGCAUGAUGUUGAAACAGCACUCAGAGAAGAAUUAAAGAAAAAUGGAGAACUAAGCCAGUAG